AUGUCGUUUCGGUUGUCUAAGUCCCAAUGGCGUUCUAUUGAAGGUGAAAAGGACGAAAUUAAUCAAGAGUUGGAAGAGACUGCGGGGGAAGAAGAAUACGAGAAUGAGGAAUCACAUUUACAAAGCUUAUUUUCUUUACUAGCUAGCUCACCAUACGAUAUUCUUUUGCAUAUAAAUGAGCACUUUGAGAGUGUAGAUUGGGAUUCAAAAGCAGAAAGUGUGGCCAAACGAACUGGUAAUUUGCUGACAGCAUCGUUUUUCGUAACGCGUAUUCUUCAGGACAAUCUUAUCAAGCCAAACAUGCACAACAUUGGCAAAAAACAUGAUUCGUUUGACUUGUCCAAGUCAAAAGCCUUGCGAAACCUUGAAAUAUGGUCACAAUCCGCUGCAAUGGGGUUACAGGAUUCUCAUCUCGAAUGGUAUUGGGAGUUUUUAAGGUGGCUGAAUAUUCUACUCCGGAUUUCGUGGUCUAUUCUACUACUUUUGAAUGUCAUUGUCAGCUAUAAAUUUUUAUUUGCUAGGUAUCAUGCCUACUCAUUGUUCUAUUGUCAAAAACGUCCACGCUCGAAAAACGUAAACGUACGGUCGUUCAACGAUUUGGGAUACCGCUCUGCUGAAGAUAUAUCUCGAAGCUCGUUAUGGCUGAUGGUUAAAGCAGCGUUUCGGCGCAAGCAUGCCAAGGAAAAACAGUCUCCGGGAAAAUUUUAUUACGAAUUAAGGAAGUGGAGCCCUGGUAAAUUUUGUGCUGCACUUUUCAGCACUUUCUCUCCAGCAUGCCUGAUUUUUCUCACAAUAACAGAGGUCUCAUUCAUAUCCCUCCUGCCAGUACUGGCUCACCAGUAUUUAUCGUUCUUAAUUGUCUACGAACGGUACGAGGGUCGUCUUGACGAUGAGGCGUGUCUUGCCGAGGCUAAUCAUGCGGAGAUCAAUGAGAAGAUAAUCAAACCCAAAACCUCUGUUAAAACCCAAGAUGCGAUGGUCGACGCCACGCCCUAUGGAGGCAGAUCAGCCGUGUUUUUCCCGUCAUUCACAACUACAAGGUCUCAUAUUUUCCAGACGCAUACAGUAUCAGGAGACUUAAUAACAGAACGUUACAAUCCUGCCACUGAAGUGUUUGAAGACAUCGAAACAGCCGAUAUCGCCCAGAAUUACGUUAGUCGAGAAGCCCUAACUUUACAAGACAGAACACCCCGCGAAAAGGCCAUUAACGGCGCCGCUGUGCGUCCUGUUUUUUGGAGUCGACAGCCCAGUCCCAACAAGAAUGUCACGCCCUCGAGGUACAUGCAUUCCAGGGCGUCGCCGACGUCUGCUCCUCUUACUCCUAGUUUGAGGCCUUUGGUCGGGGCCGACUUUUCUACAAUAAAUAACGCCUCUGGUGUCCUGAAUAAAAGUGGUAGUACACACCAUGAUAGGAGUGCGUGGCGGCAUGAAACCAGCUCUAGGCUGCGGCGUAACUCCACAAGCCCGAUCAAACCUGUCGGAUACAUGAGUGCAGCGGGAAUGCGCAACAUCCACAGGCCUGUAAUCGAAGGAGACAGUUCUGUCUCUUUUAGCAUGGACGGCAUCCAUGCGGAUCUACCCUUUGAGGAUGUCGUUCGCCGAGGUCGCCGAACGCACAUAGAUAGUCGCUUUUCAAGAGAUUCCCCCACCGGAAGAUCCUCGGCAGCUUCUUCUCGGCGCAGUAGUAUAAGCCCUAUGAAAAGCGCGAACAACACGUUCAGAGGCGAUAUUUCGGACACACGACCUCCAUUUAGAUAA